AUGUUGUCGGAUGGUGAGAAGAAGUUGAGUAAAAAUGAGCAGAAGAGGUUGACCAAACAAGCCCAAAAAGAGAAGGAACGACUCGAAAAGGAAGCGAAGAAACAUGCUGAGUUGGAGAUGUUUGUCAAAGAGGCAGAUCCUUCUGAUCCCCAGGAGUAUCUUAAUAUGCGUGUACGAAUGAUUAACAGCCGCCGAGCUGCUGGAGAAAACCCUUUCCCACAUAAGUUUAACGUAUCGAUUUCAAUUGCCGCUUUCAUAGAGAAAUACAAUGGCCUUCAAAAGGAGCAGGUGCUAGAAGAUGUGAACGUGAGCAUUGCAGGACGUAUCUAUUCAAAACGUGAGUCCGGGAAAAAUCUUGUGUUCUACGAUGUCCAUAGUGGAGGUGCUCGCCUACAGGUAAUGGCGAAUGCACGGUACCAUAAAGCAGGACUCGAAGAUUUCAACUGUAUGCAUGAACGAAUAAAACGGGGUGACAUUGUAGGGUUCACAGGUUUUCCAACCAGGACGAAGACUGGAGAAUUAUCAGUCCUGUCAACUAAGGUGGAACAAUUAACGCCUUGCUUGCGUAUGCUACCUCAUUCUCAUUAUGGCUUGAAAGACAAAGAGUUGAGGUAUCGAAUGCGAUACUUGGAUCUUAUCAUCAACCCUGAAACGAAGGAUAAAUUCAUUGUUCGCAGCAAGUUAAUAACGUUCUUGCGAAGAUAUUUGGAUAACUUGGGAUUUUUGGAGGUCGAAACCCCUAUCAUGAAUCAGAUCGCUGGCGGUGCGACUGCAAAACCAUUCAUAACGCAUCACAAUGAACUUGACAUGGACCUAUUUCUAAGGGUUGCACCUGAACUUUACCACAAGAUGUUAAUCGUGGGAGGCAUUGAUCGCGUUUAUGAAAUAGGACGAAUUUUCCGAAAUGAAGGUAUCGAUUUGACGCACAAUCCUGAAUUCACCUCAUGUGAGUUUUACAUGGCAUAUGCUGACUACGAGGAUUUAAUGCGAUUAACAGAGGAUUUGCUUAGCAAAAUGGUGAUGUUCAUCCAUGGUAAGUACAAGAUCGAAUAUCAUCCUAAUGGACCUGGGACUGAACCUGUUUUUGAGGUGGAUUUUACACCUCCCUUCAAGCGCGUAAAUAUGUAUGAAGGACUGGAGAAAGCGCUUGGUGUGAAGCUUCCUGCUCCAGAUAGGCUAAAAUAUGAUGAGGCGCGCCAAGUGUUUGACAAGCUCUGUUGUGAAAAAGGUGUUGAAUGCACUGAACCGCGUACAACGGCACGGCUUCUGGAUAAAUUGGUUGGCGAAUUUCUUGAAAACAAAUUCAUAUCGCCGACGUUUCUCAUAGGGCAUCCUCAAAUUAUGAGUCCACUCUCCAAGUGGCAUAGAUCGAUUCCUGGCCUCACAGAACGAUUUGAGCUGUUCACCGUGACAAAAGAAAUUGUGAACGCAUAUACAGAGUUAAACGAUCCAAUCACACAAAGGCUGACGUUCGAACAACAAGCCGCUGACAAGAAUGCUGGUGAUGAGGAAGCGCAGGUGGUUGACGAGAAUUUCUGCACUGCUCUGGAAUAUGGACUUCCACCAACAGCUGGGUGGGGCAUGGGGAUUGAUCGACUCACCAUGAUUCUCACAGACAGCAACAAUAUCAAGGACGUACUUUUCUUCCCUACAAUGCGACCGGACGAGUGUACAGGAACAACAAAUUAG